AUGAAGAGAUGUUCGCCGCGUACGGCAGGCAGCGAUAGUCCUCGGCCGAGCGACCCCAAGAUCGAGCAGCGCCCAAGAUCCAGCCAUCGCAGCUCAACACAAUCGUGCUCGCGGGUGUGCGAGAGCCCGAUCCUACCCGCGGGUGAGGAGGGGAUGCUUGCCUCGGCAGAGCUGUUACUUUCAAGGGAUGAAGCUGUCGGCCGGUUGCCAGCUGGUCCAGCAGUCACCUUCCAAGACAAGGCCGGGGUGCUGCACCACCAGCAGUGGUGGCCUCUCGAGAUGCUGUUCCUUGCCCGUGAGGGCGUCCUUGUUGAAUCCCUCCGGAAGGGCUACUGGAUCAUCUUGGAUGAGCUCAACCUGGCUCCUUCCGAGUCUACAAUAGUCUAUCCCUAG